AUGGCGAGAGAAAUAGAUGAGAGAAUAACAUCAGCUUGGAAGAGAUUUGGACAGUACAGCAUGUUCAUGAGAGAUCAAAGAAUGCCCAUGUGUCUCAAGAGGAAGAUCAUGGACACUGUCAUACUACUAGCAAUGACUUAUGGAGCAGAGACGUGGGCACUUACCAACCAUCAAAGAGAGAAACUGGCAAUCACCCAAAGGAGUAUGGAAAGAUCAAUGCUCGGUGUCACAAGGAGAGAUAAGAUCCGGAAUGAAGACCUGAGAGCAAGAACAAAGGUGAAGGAUGUCAUCGAGAAAGUUAUUGAAGCCAAAGGAAAGAAAGAUGAAGUAGUGAAGAUAAAGAUUGGAAUAAUUGAACUCGACGGUAAAAGACUUAAAAUAAGAAGAUCUUCUUUACUUCCUGUUGAUGUUCGAAAAUCAGAUACAUUAGUUCCUGUAAAGAAUGCCGGAGUUCAGAAACAGCUUGCCCACAACAGACAUCUCAGAGAUCAUAAUGAAACUGAGUGGCUUUUACUUUACCCUGAUAUGGAUAUCGUGGGAAAUAUUCCAGGAAGCAGUGAAAAAUUCUCUGUGGAAAAAUAUAAAAAUGAACUUGGACGUCCAUACAGUCGAGUAAAUUUGUACAUUUGCAAAAUGCUUGAUUUUGAAGUAGCCAAUGAUUUGACUGAAGACCUCGAGGAAACGGUUGUUCCAGAUACUGCUGAUGUUUUUGAAGAUAAUUCUGUGCAAGAAAAUUCUUCACAAAUUAUAUGUGAACUGGGAAAUUCUCAACAAGUCAAUGCAACACCAGAUAAUUUUGUGGAAGUUAAUCAUGCUCAUACCAAUGCUGUUCCAGCUAGCCUUGCAAAAGCUAGUCUAGUGGAGGCCAGCCAUGUUCAAACAAAUCCUGUUCCAAGCAAUGUUGUUAAUGUUGAUAAUAGUUGUGUGGAAGCUGUUUCCUUUCAGGUUGAUUCAUUUUCAGUUGAGCAAAUCAUUAUGGAACCAGGUGAAAUGCCUGCUCAAAUUUUUCAGGAUGCAGAUGUAACUGAAUCCCUACUAGAUAAUAUUGAACCAGAGCCAAAUCUUGUACAACCAGCUCAAGUUAAUUUACCGAGGAACAAUUGCAUGUGCUAG